GCGGUGACGACCUCGCGUCCCCGCCCGCAUUACUUGCCGCCCUGGGUGGUGGGCGGGGAAGGUCAGAGCCGCUGUCCUGGUGCCUUCUUGAUGUCGGAGGGCGCGGCCCCGCGGGGUGGGUCGCGGAGCUGAGGAAGGCUGUCUGCGGCACCUGCCAUCCGCAGCGCCCCUGGGCAGGCUGCCGUUGCGCGGGCCUCGCCAGCUCUCCGCCCGGCAACGCGCGGGGGCUCUGCGGCUGUAGGGAGAAAUUCAGCCUCCCCUCCGGCCCCUGUGCCGGUUUCUAGCGGGCUGCGGAUGGCCCUGAUCCGCGGGUGGCCUAGCCUAGGUCACACUGGAGGGCUAUGCCCCCAGCCUUUCGCAAGGGGUUUGAGGGGCUACAGUGAUAGGCAUGCGUGAGUGCGGUUUCCAUUUUUAAAAACAAAAAACCGCUACCUGACAGUUUGACACGGUCUGCGUGGUGUCAUAUACUUUUCAGGUGAGCUCCGCAUGGGUUUUCGCUCAGCUAUUUUUGCCACUCGAUUCCUUUAUAAUACUGUAGAUAUUGCUGAGUCAGCCAACAAGAGAUGGGAAAUUUGUGCUGAUCUAAUAGAUGGUGUUGUAGAGGAUUGCUCUGAGGUUAGUGAGAGUUGUGUGACAAAUCUUAGGUAUUUAAGCAAAAUAGUCAUACAGUUAAGAAGCAGAUUAAAACGCUCUAAAGCAUUACAUACAACCAGUCUAGUUUGCUUUUUAUACUCCGGUUAAGUUUUUGAAGGGGUUGCAGUUGGUGUUUUUUGUUUGUAUUUUGAUUUGAUUCCCAGAAUGGAUUGCUUUAUGUAAUAGUUUCCUGGAAAUUUUUGAUUGAAAACAAAGGGAAGCAGGAAAUGGAUAGGAUUUAUAAAGCAUCCCUUUUGAACCACCAUUUUGAAAUUUAACAAAAUUAUAUUAAUGAUAAACUUCAGCUUUACAUUUAAAGUUGUGUCUUGCUAUUUUCAAGCUAUAAGUCAGUGUGGCUAUAAAAAUAUUUUAAAGAGAAUUAGGAAUAUGAGCUGAUAAUAUGCAUUGAAUUUUUUUUUACAGCACUCAGUAGUACAGAAUCAGUGCAUGAAAUCUUCAUCAGUGUUUUCUAGAAAUGCCAAUUGCAUAGCAAAAAAAAUAAAAGAUGCACUUCAGGCAGGUUAAAUAAACAUGAAGGCUUUAAAGAACCCUUUUAGAUUAGGAGUUACUGCUACUCAGUUAACCCCAUGAUCAGCAGAGGCAUCCUGUAUUUCAUAGCAGCAGUUAAUUAUAAAACAUUGGCUAAUAAUAGAUAUUAUGGAGAGUUAUUUUCAUAAUCAAAUUAAUGCAUUUUUCCCUAACUGAUUUUUGUGAACACUUACUAGUUUUGCUUAGAAAUGUGAGAAGUAAUAUCUGAAGAAAGAUUUUGGAAUCUUUCUAGAUCUAAUAACAGUUUGUUAAUUGCCUAGAUAAUAAUUCCAACUGUCAGAAUUUAGGAGUUAUAUUACUAAUUUUAGGACUGGUAGGACCCUGUAUAGUCAUGUAGUAAGUACUAAUUCUGAUUUUCCUGAAACAGUGUAGUAUUCAAAAGUAUUAGUAUUUUCAUAGGAUAUUUCUAUGCCUUUUCUAUUUUUUGCUUUGUUUCAAAAUCUUUGGCACUAAGAUAUUCCUCUGGCUAUGUCUUAUUUUAGUUUUCCUAAUUAAAAGAUACCUUCUAUGCUUCUGAGGAAAAACCAUAAUACCACUUUGGAAUGGUUUUGCAAGAACAUAAAUUUACAAAACAGCAUGUAGAUUAUAUUACACAGGGAAAAACUAAGGAUAAUGUUGACUUUAAAAGGAGGUUUUUGUUGUUUUGUUGUGUGUUUGUUGUUGGGGUUUUUUUGUUUGUUUGUUUUUUUAAAAAGCCUUCUGUCAGGAAAGGAAAGAAUUUAUUCAUAAGGAAGGCAGUCCUCUCAAUGAUUUUCCCCAGUUGGUUCCAUCAGCCAUGAAAAUCCUGCCACACCUUCACCGUGGAAGGAUAAAGAAAAAUAUAUUGGUGCUAUUGAUGCUCAUAUGAUCGAGAUUGGCAUUGAUGAAGAAAGAACUGUUUUAAAUGUGAUUAACUUGAGUUGCUGAAGAAUAUUGAGCAGAAAGUAGAGAAGACACAAUCAGAGGAAGAUAACAUUGCAAUUCCUGCUGUUGAAGUUGAGCAUUACCAACAACGGUUUGUUGGUUUGCUAAGUAUAUAAAAACAGUCUUGAAAAUGUUGUCCAGACUCUUUCGAAUGCAUGGCCUUUUUGUAGCCUCUCAUCCAUGGGAAGUCAUUGUGGGAACAGUAACUCUCACCAUCUGUAUGAUGUCCAUGAAGAUGUUCACUGGGAAUGAUAAGAUAUGUGGCUGGAAUUAUGAGUGCCCCAAACUUGAAGAAGAUGUUCUAAGCAGUGACAUCAUCAUCCUGACAAUCACACGCUGUAUAGCAAUCCUUUAUAUAUAUUUCCAGUUUCAGAACCUAAGGCAGCUUGGGUCAAAAUACAUUUUAGGUAUUGCUGGCCUCUUCACAAUCUUCUCAAGUUUUGUUUUUAGUACAGUGGUAAUUCACUUCUUGGAUAAAGAAUUGACAGGUUUAAAUGAAGCUUUACCAUUCUUCCUGCUUCUGAUUGAUCUUUCAAGAGCAAGUGCAUUAGCCAAAUUUGCGCUCAGUUCCAACUCACAGGAUGAAGUAAGAGAAAAUAUUUCACGUGGAAUGGCAAUUUUAGGCCCUACGUUUACACUGGAUGCAGUUGUGGAGUGUCUUGUGAUUGGUGUUGGUACUAUGUCAGGUGUACGACAGCUGGAAAUUAUGUGCUGCUUUGGCUGUAUGUCUGUUCUUGCCAACUACUUUGUCUUUAUGACCUUCUUUCCAGCUUGUGUGUCCUUGGUAUUAGAGCUUUCGAGAGAGAGUCGUGAAGGGCGUCCUAUAUGGCAGCUUAGCCAUUUUGCUCGUGUUCUGGAAGAAGAAGAAAAUAAACCAAAUCCUGUAACACAGAGGGUCAAAAUGAUUAUGUCGCUGGGUUUGGUUCUUGUUCAUGCCCACAGUCGCUGGAUAGUGGAACCAGCUGCUCAAAACAGUACUGUAGAAAAUGCAGUGGGAUUGGAUGAGAAUGCACCGAAGAGAAUUGAACCUAAUGUUUCAUUAUGGCAGUUCUACCUUUCUCGAAUGGCCAGUAUGGAUAUUGAACAAGUAAUCACUCUUGGAUUAGCCCUUCUCCUUGCUGUGAAAUAUAUUUUCUUUGAGCAAGCAGAGACUGAAUCCACACUCUCACUGAAGAAUCCCAUAACAUCUCCAGUGAUGGUCCAGAAAAAGGUCCCUGAGAACUGUUGCAGGAAGCAAUCUAGACUUCUGAAAAACAAUCAGAUAUCUAACACAUUAGAAGAAGCUUUAGUUCCCAAAGAUGGAAAUGUUGAAGUCAUAAAACCUGUAUUAGCAGAGUCAUCAACCAAGGCUACAUUUGUAGUUGGCAGUUGCAACCCUGUGGAAACUUCUUCAUUUCUUAAUAGAAAAGAAGAAGAAUUUGAGUUACCUAAAGAACCACGUUCUAUUGCGGAAUGUGUUUGUAUACUUGGAGAUGCAGAGAAGGGAGCAAAAUUCCUUACUGAUGCUGAAGUCAUCAGCUUAGUUAAUGCUAAGCAUAUUCCUGCAUACAAACUGGAAACCGUGAUGGAAACUCAGGAGCGAGGUGUGUCCAUUCGCAGACAGAUGUUAUCUAAGAAACUCCCUAAACCUUCAUCUUUGCAAUAUCUUCCUUAUAGGAAUUACAAUUAUUCUUUGGUUAUGGGAGCUUGCUGUGAAAACGUGAUUGGAUAUAUGCCUAUUCCUGUAGGCGUAGCAGGACCACUAUUUUUGGAUAACAGAGAGUUUCACAUUCCAAUGGCAACAACAGAAGGAUGUCUUGUAGCAAGCACAAACAGAGGAUGUAGAGCAAUAUGUCUUGGUGGAGGAGCAAGUAGCUGCAUUCUGGCAGAUGGGAUGACUCGAGGACCUGUUGUAAGGCUGCCCACUGCUUGCCAGGCUGCAGAAGUGAAAGUUUGGCUUGAAAACCCUGAAGGCUUUAAAAUAAUGAAGGAAGCUUUUGACAGCACAAGUAGGUUUGCCCGCCUACAAAAACUUACCAUCAAUUUGGCUGGUCGUAACCUUUAUAUCCGUUUUCAGUCUGGAACAGGGGAUGCAAUGGGAAUGAAUAUGAUUUCAAAAGGUACUGAAAAAGCACUGGCAAGGUUGAAUGAUGAGUUUCCUGAUCUCCAGGUUAUUGCUAUUAGUGGUAACUAUUGUACAGACAAAAAACCUGCUGCUAUAAAUUGGAUAGAAGGAAGAGGGAAGUCUGUUGUCUGUGAAGCAGUCAUUCCAGCCAAGGUUGUUAGAGAAGUAUUGAAGACAAAUACAGAAGAUAUAGUUGAAGUCAAUAUACACAAAAAUUUGGUGGGUUCUGCGAUGGCUGGUAGCAUAGGUGGCUACAAUGCACAUGCAGCAAACAUUGUGACAGCUAUCUACAUUGCCUGUGGUCAGGAUGCUGCACAGAACGUGGGCAGCUCUAAUUGUAUCACUUUGAUGGAGCGAACUGGUUUCACCAAUGAAGACCUGUACAUCAGCUGCACAAUGCCUUCUAUAGAAAUAGGAACUGUUGGCGGAGGCACCAACUUGCUUCCACAGCAGGCCUGUUUGCAGAUGUUAGGGGUUCAAGGUGCAAGCCAAGAUAACCCUGGUGAAAAUGCCCGUCAGCUUGCUAAAAUUGUAUGUGCUACAGUGAUGGCAGGGGAAUUAUCACUAAUGGCAGCUCUUGCAGCUGGGCAUCUAGUCAAAAGCCACAUGAUUCACAACAGGUCAAAAAUAAAUCUACAAGAUCUUCAAGGAACCUGCACUAAGAAGGCAGCUUGAAUACUAAAGCAGCUUUGAAAUGAAGAAUUGUUCUAGCAACUGACUAGGUGCAUGGGGGGGGGGGGGAAGAAUCUGUGAAGUUUAGAAUGAAAAUCACCUUCAAUGGAGAGAUCAAUGGACUUGUGUGAGACUACUUAUGUCUUUGACCUUCUUCAGUGGUUAGAGAUGACUUCAUGAAAGAAGUCCUGUCAGAUGUCUUGAACAUGGCUUUGGAAUUCUUACUCUUGCGCAUCAUUUUCUGAAGGGUCAAUCUUAUGUUUUUACAGGUUGAGAUUAUUUUGACUAGUAAGCUCCUGGUAACUACCAAGGUAAAAAGUGAUGUAACGUACUUCGUAUGUUUAAAAAAAAAAAAAAAAAAAAGGUUGGUCUAAACUUGGCUUGAAUGCAUUGGUCCUUGCCAUCUUUAUUUUUCUGGUUAGCCAAGUAUGUUUUUUAAAGUGAUGGCAAGCCUAAUCACUUUCCAUGAACUCCCAAUUUUAAUUUUGUUUGCAUGUAAAACUUAGGUCUUAGGCUUUGAGACAAUUUUAUUGAAUUGUAUUAGUUUUAUAGAAGCCUCUAUCUAUAUAUAGUACUUAAAUUGCUGCUGCUUCAGCUAAGUAGCAUUCAAUGUUUUAACUCCACAAUUUAGGUUAUUCCUUCAUGGAAAACUUGUGACCUACAAAGUGCUGAACUGUUAAAUAACAUCUGUACUGAAGCAGGGAAAAACGGUGUCUUCAACUGUUUUGUCAUUUUGUUCAGGUAGAAAUAAUAGAUUUUUGAAACUAGUAACUCCAAAAACAAUUACAGGUCAGAGAGCUUAGUAAUUUAAACAAAUGAAGUUUCUCAAAAUUGUUUGAAUGCACUCCUAUCAAAAAAAACAGGAAUCAAGAACAGAUGUUUACACUUCUAUUAAAAGAAGUCUCUUAAGGUACAGUGUAUUUGUAUAUUCCUAAUUUUUUUUUUAACUGUUUGACACUUAUUCCCCAGGAAUAGGUGUGUAUCCACUGCUUAAGCUGAGAUAAAAUGAAGCCAGAAACUCACACUGUUCUUUAAAAGGAAUUAAAACAUAAAAAAACUAGUGUUAAAGUUUCUUUUUUAGCGGGGGCGUAUUUAUGUUAAGAAGAAAUCUUAUCCUUUUUUCAAUGAAAAGUACUAAUUAAGGGAAUUCAGUGAAAUGACAUGUUAAUGCAACAAGCAGUUUUUGUAUUAAAAUACUGUACUUGGACCAGGGAAGCAAUCUCAGGUGUUCUUAAUGUAAUACAGAAAACCCAGGUUUAUUCUGGUUUGAUUCAUCUUUGGGAAGAUUGCUAAAUGCAUCCCCCUGCCCAGAUAAUCACAGGAAGAAAAUUGUUAAUUUGCUUGAUGAUGUUUUUUUGUUGUUGUUGCUGCUGCUGUUGUGGUUUGGGAAGGGGGGGAAUCAGUGGAUUGGACUGGGUUUCUUACAGGAAUGCAGCAGCAUUCAUAAAGGGGUGACUAGCAGAGGUGCUCUUCUAAUGUACAAAUUUGAUAUAAAUCAUGAUGGGUUGUUUUGUAGUACAUCAACACACUAAUAUCAUUGUAAUGUGCUCAUAAAGCUAAUGUGCAAGCAUGAAGAUGUACUACAUGCUGGAUAUGUUAUGAUAGCACGUAAAUACCAUUAAUGUUUAUCUUCCUGCAGUAUUGUUGCUUAUAGCUACCAUUUUAUUUAAGGAAAGUUGGAACUACUUUGUUUCUAUGUUCAUUCAGUGAUCUUACUUACAGUAACACUGUACUAGCAAUAAAUGGUGGUUCAGUGUUCAUUCUGGUGAUUUUAACUGACAUUGUGUCUUGCAGAAUUAACAUUUUGUAUUAUUACUAAAUUGUGUACAUUUUGGUACAAAACUACUUUUUCAGCUUCAGUAAAACAAUGGGAAACAUAUUGGCUUAAUUGUGAUAUUUUAAGCUUACUUCAUGGCUUAGUGAAAUAUCUUAAUAUAAAAUAAGAGGGUUAAGGAAAAUAUG